GGCCGAUUAGCUGCCGAAUUGGUAUAAGGGACCGAUAUCGGCAUCUAGAAUCGGUCCGUGUAUGGGGACCUUUACUCUCCGGCAAUAGAUCGCUGUUAUCACAGGUCAGUAACCGCUUUGAAAAGGCUUUCCACUGGUAACAAUAGAAGUCACUGGUGGAAAGCCAUUCGCAUUGGUUCGGUUUCCGAAGUCAUGCAAAGUUUGCUCCUGCAGGCAAGUUGGCUUUGAUUUACCGAAGGGCUUUCCACCAGUGACUUCUAUUGUUACUGGUGGAAAGCCUUUUUUAGAUCGCUUACUCGCCUGCAAUAGCAGACAUCUAUUACCGGCGAGUUACUCUCUCCGUGGGUCCUUACCCUUAAGCUAUGGAGAUCCAAUUAUGGAAAGACUCCUUAUUUGGAAAAUCCCAGACCCUGACAAUUCUGGAUAACAGGUCCAUUACCUGUAUUAGAUUGCCAGUACAGAUAACUACAGAUUUUACAUACACACUCCAUACAGGAGCAACAGCUCUUCCUCAUUCCACUAUGACCCACUCGUUUUUACCACCUGCCCAAGUAAACAGUGAACAAGAACAAUGCUGUUUGCUGAUCAUUUGGAUAAUUUCCAGGUAGUUCAUUGUUUGGCCACCGUAACCACAUAUUUUUGAUUUCCUUGACUCAGCACUGUAUUUUUUUUUAAUAAUGUUUGCCGUAAGGCUACUUGCUGGAUCAGUAAAGUGAAUAACUUCCCUUAAGUACAUAAAUCAACCUGUGGGACCAUGACAUGUACACAUUAGUCUGUAUGUCUCUAAAUUGCUAAGCAAUUAUUUGCUAAAGGAAGUCCUGCUCAGUUUUCAUUUAUGAAUUAUACUCCUAAAUCAGCAGAGAUUAGGUUUAUUAUGUUUAGAAAUACAUAACUUUCCUUUGAAUUUUGUUGAUCCUAAUGUACCUUUAAGAACAGGAGUGUUGUUUUUCCCAAUGUUGGACGUAACGUAUAAAACUUGCAGUAGAACCUCCCUUCUCUAGAAUAUUGUUCAAUUCCGCUUUGAUUUGCUAUAAGUAGGGGGAGAGCAGAGAUCACUGUACUGUAUCUGCAGCAACUGGAAACAUAAUGAAGUGCAUUUUGGCUUUUGUGAUUGCCCUUUGCAUAUUGGUGACAGCAUGUAAUGCCGCCUGCGAAAGAUCCAUGCCAGUGCUGGGGUUAGCCCAUAGAGGUUGCCUUUAUGAUAAGGAGCUGCAUAAACUGGGGAGCAAAUUUAGAAAUGAGAACUGCCAGGACUGUACCUGUUCUAUGGACGGCUCAUUGGAAUGUUGCCAAGCAUAUGGUACCCCAGUGGAUUAUGAUAAGGAAAAAUGCGAGGCUAUUUUUAAUAAGGAAGCCUGCCUUUACAAUGUUGUGGAAAAGAAAGAUCAUUCAAAGGAAUGUGAAGUUUAUGCUAUGGUCGGCUGAUGGCCUAUCUUAUACUUUAUGGAAACUGAAUUCAGAUCCUUAUAUACAAAAAUAAAUCAGAUUGUAUCACAUAAAUAAAGUGCAUAAGAAUAAAUAAGUUGAUUUUAAAAAAAUAACUCAAAAUAAACUCAUUAAACCAGCAAA